AUGACGUUCGGCUCGACACAGAUUCUAGCAUUCCUGAAGAUGCGCAAGAACAACCGAUCAACUGACCAACGAACCACGACCGCACCCUCCUCAAACCCGCAAGCCAUCGGCACAAAAUCGAUGACCUCCACAGACAUGCGCAACCACGCACACACCUCUCCACCCCAAUAUGCCAGCCACUCCAUUGACGCCUCAACCCAACAAAACCGAUUCGUACGUGUCUACCCUUCCUCAGCACCACCCCGGUAUGCUAACCGUCCCAUCGGCUCCUCCAGGUUCUGGGAAAGACUGAGCUUGGAUAUGACGGCUCCGAAGAUAUCGGCUGAGCAAGAGCAACCGCGACGGUUGGUGGAGAGUAUGGUUAUGGUGGCUGAGACGAGUGGGAUGACUGGGGAGGAUAUUGGGAUAAGAGGCCGGGGAUUAGGGGAGAAGAAAGAUAAUCGGCAGGCUUGUGUGCCCCAGGUCAAGGAAGUCGUCUCCAGCGUGUCCAAUCUCAUCAAGAGUGCUGUGGGGGUUGUUAGACAGCGUUCUAGGUCGCCAUCCCCGGGUUCUGGUAACUCUAUCAGCGACGAAGAGCCUUUUUCUGUGCUUGCCAAAUUCAAACUGGCUGGGGCUGAAAAGCUAAAUAUGCCGCGGCCGCCUCCUCCGGCUACGGUAUGUCUCCAGCGUUCUAAUGCGGUUCGGUACCGGAAUCGACCACGGCUGCAGUCGCGGGAUCAGCAAGAUGAUAUGGAUAUGCUUUGUUAUCACCCUGGAGGUGAGGCAGAUGCGUAUUUCUUACAAGAUGUCGGAUACGGAUACAGGGGACGUGGACGCCAUUCACAUUCCGUACCCCCGAACUUUGCUAACACCAAGUCGCAGCAAUGGAAUGGUGCGAACGGAAAAGGUACGACAUACUCUCAUGUUGAAUGCUACGAGCUGCCUCAGGUAGGUUGCCCGCAGUAUCGUUCUUAUGCCGAUAUGGUAGAGGAUGGAUCCCGUCCGCGUCUGCGUGUCAUGAAUCGUACUACCACAGAUUCAUCUCCACAGUCGCUAUCAUCAAGCGAAGGUUCCUUCGCUAACGAGGACAUAAACUUCCGCGCACAGCUCGCAGCUUCAGCAUCACUAUGCUACCGGACUGAUAUUGAUAUUCCAGACGACGCCUCAUUUUCAUCAUCAUCGUCAUGGCCAGAUUACCCGGAAUAUCACGUCGAUAGAACAGAUCAUGUUUCUGAUGGUAUAUCAGAAGCAUUCCGUGCAGCUCGGCGUUUCUUUUCAGAUGAAUGGUCGGUCGAAGAUGCUGUUCCGGCGGAAUCUCGUUUUUCGCUUUGCUCAUCCUCGGAUAGUGUACCGGAAGCGGUCCCAGCAUCUCGCCGGUUCUCUACGGGUGAGUUCUCAGUUGAAGAGGCAGAUUCUGCUGAAUCCCGAUUUCCCUCGUCCUCGGUCUCGAACGGUAAUUCCGGAGACCUUGGAAUUGAACGCUGGUGGGCUACCAAUACGCGCCACGUCGAUGAUAACAGCUCCGCAGACGCUGACGACGAAGGAGAUGAAGAAAACAAUUCGUCUUUUCCGUACUAUGUACGUCAGGGGCCACUGAGAGUGCGUAAUGCAGCAGUAUCGCUAUCAUCAGAAGGCUCUGUCCCGGCAAGCGCUCCGACCGACUGGUAUUACACACAAGACAGCGCUGAAACUUCAGAGGGUAACCUUGCAGAUGACGACAUGGCUUUCUACGAAGGACUCUACGAAGAACCAGAUCCAGAUAACCACAGCGGAUCGAUCGACCAAUCGCAGUUCGCGGAAUUCGACGGAGACUUCACGGACGCUCCGUCGCUUACCAACGGCACUUCACCAGAGAACUCCUCUAGGGGUGAGUCUGGUAGCGGAAGGGUGUUGAGGGUCGUCAACCAGACCUCCCCUCAGGAUGGCGCCGGGUCCGAAGACGACGACUGCCCGAGUGAGAGCGAUACUGAUGACGAAGUUCCGCAACGUGGUCGAAGUAGAACUAGAAGGGACCAAUAG